CACAAAGAAAACUUGAGAAGGAGAGAGGGGAAAAAGCUUAGAGAUAUUAAUUUCUUCUCCCAGAAGAAAAAGAAACAAGAGAAGGGACUUUGGUGAAUGACGAGUGAGCUACAGUUACCACCAGGGUUCAGAUUUCACCCCACCGACGAGGAGUUGGUAAAUCAUUAUUUGUGUAGGAAAUGCGCGUCGCUGCCUCUUGCUGUUCCUAUUAUUAGGGAGAUUGACCUCUACAAGUUCGAUCCAUGGCAGCUCCCAGACAUGGCUCUGUACGGUGAAAAGGAGUGGUCCUGUUCAACUGCCCAGUCCAUAGUAGCACAUUAAGCUAAGUUAAUUCUUAUUGAUGAGCUUCAACUGCCCAGUUCUGCCCCUAUUCAACCAGUUCUGCUCUUGAAGACAAUGGGAUGAGGGUCACUUGGGAGGAGACGAAGACAAUGGGGAGAGGACGAUGGCUUCUGUGUUUGUGUGGAUGGGUGUUUCGAUGGGUCAAAGACGAAAGCUGCUGUGUUCGUGGGGAUGGGAUUUCGAGAACUGUUUUUAUUUUAUUUUUUUUUAAAAUAACGCCACAUCAGCUGCGAUGCCGCGGCGGGGUAGCAGGCCGGUUGCCUAUAGAGUUUCUCUUGAAGUCCAUGUGAAAAGCAAAAGACAUGCCGACUUCAAGUGCGUUAAUAAAGUUUGUAUCCAUCAUGUGGAAAGCAAACUGUUUGGAGGAGUACUGGGAUGCGCGUUGAUUAUUAUUUGUCAAAAUUUGGUCAGAAAAACAAUUUAGAGGGCUCGAGAAUGCUCUCCACACUACUAUAUACACUUGUUGCUUUAUGAAAA